AUGGUGAGUCCCGGAGUCAUGUUGUUAAAGACAUGGAUGCCAUUGACGCCAUCAGAGCCGGCAAACCUUUCCCUGAGGACUGAGUGUGACAGCCCAGCUGUCUUACUGACAUUGAGGUACCUGGCUAAAGGAGACUUUUUUUCUGAAGUUGGAGAUAUCCAUGGUGUGUCCAAGUCGUCAAUGUCCAGACACUUGCAUGACGUGGUGCUGGCGAUUAACAACAGGGUUGAUACCAUUAGAUUCCCAGAAAUAGAUGUAGAAAGAAGGAGCACAGCUACAGCAUUUUACAGGCUUAGCCGAAUCCCUAGGGUGCUUGGUGCUAUUGAUUGCACGUUGAUACCAAUUUCUACCCCAACUACCCACGAGGCAUCCUAUGUGUGUCGGAAGGGUUACCACGCCUUAAAUGUUCAAGCAGUGGUGGACACUAAGUUGAGAUUCAUUGAUGCUGUGCUGCGGUGGCCUGGCGCAACCAAUGAUGCUACUUUCUUUGAGAUGUCUGGCUUGAAGGAUUAUCUGGAGGCAAAUGCUGUUGGUGUAUUGCUGGGUGAUUCGGGUUAUGCUUUACGAAAUUAUCUAUUAACACCAAUCCUAAGACCCACUGCCAACGCACAAGUGGCAUACAAUGAUGCCCAUGCCCGGGGCCGUGUAGUUGUUGAGAGGGCAUUUGGCGUGCUGAAGUCACGCUUUAGAUGCUUGCACAGAUCUAGAGGCUGUCUAAUGUUUUCACCUGCCAAAUGUCAGCAAAUUGUCAUUUGCUGCAUGAAAUUGCAUAAUUUAUGCAUUGACAAUGGACUGGAUUUCAAUGAACAAGUUAUUCAAGAUGAUUAA